AUGAAAAGGCUUAAGUUUAAUAAAAAUAGUUUUGGUAAAAAGAAGAAAGAGAAAAGCAAAGAUUGUAAAAUGACUUUUUUUAUGAUUUUUGUUUAUUUGGAUCUUAUAGAAAAGAGACAUUAAGUUGUUCUCUUGUGUAAUCAAAAGGUGCUAAAUUUUAAUUUUUCCAUAAAUCAGUUCUUAAUUGCGGCUGAUUUAUACGAGGUAUUAGUUGAAUCAAAAGAUUUUAAUAUAGAAAUAUUGAAAACUAUAAUUGAAAUGUUGUCAAAAGAAAAUAAAUAAGAUUCAAUUACUUAUUUGUUCUAAAUCAUAAAAGAGCAUGAUAUUUAUUCUGUUUAUUAAUACUCUAAAAUUUAAGCUGAAAAUAGAUAAUAUCUCAUUUAUAAAAUAUCACAAAAGGUUAGGAUUGUAGUAUUUGGGAAAUUUUUUGAUCAUCUCACUGAGACAGAAAAUAAUUUUACAAUAAGUGGUUAUAAUGCAAUAAAUAUAUUUGUUGAAAUGUAGGUUGAUCUAACAUACUGA